GUGGUUACACUUCGAAUUACUUGCUGCUAGCUACAACUACCUGCCACUACUACUACUACUACUUCUCCCUAUGUAUGUGUGUAUACGUAAAAAAGCUACCUACCUACCUACCCGCCUACCAACUACGCCCAAUUUGCCAAUUAUGUGUAUAUGUAAGUAUGUAUGUAUGUAUGUACGUGUGCGACCCCAAGCAGCAGCGCAAAACCCACAUGAUCCCACCCCGCCCUUGUGCAACACCCGCAACUCCUUGCACCGCAAGCGCAGCCGUCUCGCUCCCUUCCUCCACACCACCUAUCUACGAGACCCAUCCAACGCCCUUCCGCGCCGACACCAGUAUGCAGAACCGUAUCAGCCAGAAGCCAGAAACAGUGAACAAACAACGAACAACAAACCCACCGACAAUAGGAUACCAAACCAAGCAAUAACCCCCAUCCAUCGCUAUGCUCACCCACUCACUCACCUCAGCAAGCCUCGCCUCUCAUCCACCAACCAUCAACCAUCAACCAUCAAACCAGCCACCCCCCGACCACCGCCCCAUCAACCACACAAACCCCCAACAGCACCACCGCGCCCGCCAACACGCCCACCCCUCCCA